UAUGUGAUGGGGAUUCACUCAAACUGGAAGAUAACUGUAGUGAAGUGCCCAAAGAAAAAGAUCUUCAUGGGACUCUCUAUGUCUUAAAAACCUUUUUCUCUCUCGCUCUCCCCACAGAAAAUCCAGCAACUUCCAUUUUCAGAGAUCAAAAUUGUGUUGUCCAAAAUUGAUGAAGAGAGACUAAUUCCAAGGCAGCUUUGCAGUCUCUUAAUUCAUUUUCCUCAUCAUUUAAUUACUCUCAAAAUCUCCAAGCAAAGAAAAGAUUUAACUUUUUGUCCAAAAAAAAAAGAAAAGGUUUAACUCUUUCUUGGUUCUCUUUGGGGUGUGUUGGAUGUGUGACGUGGAUUAUCCCUAGGGAAAGAAAUGGCAGGAUUCUUUUAUCUAGGAGGGAGAGACAACAACAAGCAAGAUCAUCAUCAAGUGGACAAGAGCAAUUAUCUAUAUCUCUACAAAGACGAGAUCUAUAACACCAACAAGGGUUUCGAGAUUUGGCCUCCUCAAUACUUCCAAGAACAACAACAACAACAACAACAACAUGUCACAGCUCCUGCAAACUUCUACUCCUUUGGAAUGGUCUCAAGCGGAAGCAGCAGCAGCAACAACAACAACAACAAUAACAGGAGCCGGAGUUUACACUUCAACGUAGUCCCCGAUCAUGAGCCGGGAGGGUUCACGGUAACAAGACAAGCAAGUAUGAAUUGUCAAGAUUGUGGGAAUCAAGCUAAGAAAGAUUGUCCUCAUAUGAGAUGUAGAACAUGUUGUAAAAGCCGAGGCUUUCAUUGUCAGACUCACGUUAAGAGCACUUGGGUUCCUGCUGCUAAACGCCGUGAGCGUUUAGCUCAACUCGCCUCCUUGCAGCACCGUUCAUCCUCCAGCCGGGAAACGCAAAACGCUAAACGCCUACGAGAAGCAAAUGGUGGUGGUGAUAAUGAUGAUAAAGAUCGUCGUGGUAGUGGUGGAUCGGCUCUUGCUACCCGUGUGGUGAAUGCUAAUUCUAAUUCAGGGUUUGAGGUGAGUCAAAACUUACCACCGGAAGUUAGCUCACCGGUGGUUUUUCGAUGCGUUCGAGUGAGCUCGAUAGAAGAGGAUGAAGAUGAUCAAGAAUAUGCUUAUCAAACGGCUGUGAACAUUGGAGGACAUAUCUUCAAAGGCAUUCUUUAUGACCAAGGACCAGAUGAAGAUCACCAACGUAACCUCCUUGCUCCCACAGCUACAACCACCAAUGCGGAAGAGACUCCUGCUAAAACGGCGGUUACUGUUGCCGGGAGCAAUAAUACUGGAUCAAUUCUCGAUCCUUCGGCGCUUUAUCCGGUUCAGCUUAACUCCUACAUCUCCGGUACGCCGUUCUUCACACCUACAAGGUCUUGAGAUUCAUCAGACACAGUUAUCGAAUAUUAUUUCAUCUUUACCAACGUAAUAGUAAUAAGAGACCUUUCUUUGUUGUUCUUAUAUUGUAUUCGCGUUUGUCUUUUUUAAAUUUCCUGCAAUUUGAAAAAAAAAAAAAAUUAUCUAGGUUGUUACUUAAUGGUGGUGGUUAAAAUGCUCAUCGUACGUGUACGUAUUUUUAAGAUCA